CCACUACUACUCAGUGGAGGUUAUGUAGUCAGAGAGGGAGGUGGUGAUGUUAGCUCCGGUGACUCCUGCAACCAUGUGGUGCUUCUUGUGCUCUUUUGUUGAGGAAUAUCUCUAAUUAUUCGAGGCCACAUUCGCAACCAGACGUAUUGUCUGAGUGUUAAAAAGUGCUAUUAAUUGUUCUGAUUGCGUUUAUCGGCACAUUAUCUCUAGACAAAGAGAAUAACUGGUUGUUUCAAGUGGUAGGGUACGAACACUGGGUGUUAAAAAAAUAUUUGAUUAAGUCCCCAAUGGUGUGUAUAUUGGAUAAAUUUAUCAUCUAUUUUAAUUGAAGAUAAUGACACAGUAAAACAGUUGGCGAGUUUUGGUUGUGUUUGUAGCAUCAGUGUAUUGUGGUGAUGAUGGCUAGCACUGGUAUGGGCACUACUGGGGGUGCCAGCGUGGAUGCCCAGCUAGUGGCACUCCUUGACAAGUUGGAGGGUCUUCGUCAGGAGGGCAGGCCACCCCCUAGGCCGCCCAUGAUUGCUGAGGUGCGCACGUUAGAGUUGUGGAGGGCAGUGAUAGCAGAGUGUCUGGCCACUGUCUUCUACGUGUUCCUGGUGUGUGGUGCCUACAGUCCCUGGACGGGCAAGACACUCACACAGGAAGGUCAACUUACUAUAUCCCUGGUGGCUGGCCUCGCCAUGGCUGUACUAGUACAUAGCUUCGGCCAGGUGUCAGGAGGGCACGUGAACCCGGCCGUGACGGUGUCACUAGCGGUGACAAGGAGGGUCUCCCCCCUUAGGGCCGCCAUGUUCGUCUUGGCUCAGCUGGGCGGCGGCAUUGCUGGUGCUGCUCUUCUCUACGGGGCGACGUCGUCAGGGUACACCGGUGACCUGGGAGCUACUGUGGUGUCUCAGGUGAUCUCCCCGUGGCAGGGUCUGGGUCUGGAGUUCCUGCUCACCUUCGUGGUGGUGUUCGUGGUUUUCGCUUCCUUCAACCCCUACCGCAGGAACUUCGGCAACCCCGCCGUUGCCAUCGGCCUGGCCUACCUCGCCUGUACGCUUGUUGGGCUGCCCCUGACAGGCGCCUCUAUGAACCCGGCUCGCUCCCUGGGACCUGCUUUCGUUAAGAACAAGUGGGACGCUCACUGGGUGUACUGGGUGGCUCCACUGUUGGGAGGGGUGACUGCUGGCCUCAUCUAUGAGUAUAUCUUCAAUCCUCACAGACUCCCUCGUUCACGCAAGGAUUCCCUAGAUGGAGAUUCAUCAAGUGUUGGGAGUGAUGAAGAUCCAUAUGAUGAGUGUUCCAAGCCUCCACCUCGUUAUAAUUACAAUGCCCUCCGAGCCCAACACUACGACCAAUACCGGCCUGCCAAUACCUCCAACACCACCUCCCCAUUAGGUUACCCAGCAAGUAUGUAUGGACAUACAGGAACUCCAUCCGUUUACAAUGCUUCUUCAUACAAAUAUGACACUAGUUAUACUCCUAACAAAGAUGAAAUUUAUUCUGGUUCAAAGAGUUUAUAUGCCAAAUCUCCUCCAUUGCCACGUUCUACAUCCCUCAACCGUUCCCAAUCUGUUUACACUAAGCCGCCACCACCUCGCAUGGACAACUAUUCCAGGAAUCUUGCUCAGUCACAGAGUCUGUGUUCCAAACCUGCUGCUAGCUUUUCUGCUCUUUCUCACACGGAGAGUAUAUAUAAGAACAAUCCUCGCCAGGACACACUUUAUGUUACAAGUAAAUCUGGAAUUGUUAAGCCAGAGCCAGUUUAUGGUACAGCAACAUACAACAAGCAAAAUGACUCUGGGGAUUCAAACUAUUCAACUUACCGCGGCUCUGCCAGUUACAGCUCCUCGCGCUCGUCCAACCCCUGCCCACCGAUGCCCAUGAGUCGCACUCGCACUGACAAUCUUACUCCCAACUCAGUUGCUUCAGCCCAUUCUGGUCAUGCUACACCAAACUCUGUAGCAUUAUGCUAUUCUCCUAAUCCACAGUAUUGAAAUAUGUUGAAGUGUGCACCUCAUGCACUUGGAGAGUCAUAAUCCAUUACACUUAUUCAGGCUAUCAUUAUAGUUGUAACCGCGUUUACAUGAGGUUAAGGGAGUGAAUUUAGGGUGAGGAGUUAUGAACUUUUUAAUUAUUCUGAGAUUUAUUAAAGAUAAACCCCUAAGUAUUGAAUGUGGAGCUUACUUUAUAAGAAAGUAUUGUAAUGCAGUUUUUUAAAUAUUGCUACAAUAUACUCUUUUGAACAUUUAUCUAAACUUCAGUGUAUCAAAUUGUUAAUAGUUGUGUGCUUCCAUGAUCAAUGAUAUUUUAUAAUUAGUGAUUUUCAAAAGGAUGUUACAGUAACAGUGUUAAUAGUUUAAGAUGUCAUACUCCAGUUUAAAUGUAUGUAUUUUGAACAUUGUCUUAAAAGAAUACUUUCAAUUAUUUUCAUAACUGUGUGUGUAUUGAAUUUUUUAGCAGUACAGUAUAAUGAGGUACCACAACUUUAGUAUUUGUAGGUACUUGAACUUAUUCUUGACUUUUUAUUUCAAGUCACUUUAGAAAGGGCUGCAAGAUUGUUACUACUUUCAGCAAUUAUUUUUAUAUACAAAGCUGUAUAUAUUGAGUGCUGUAUUCAAAAUUAAGUUAAUAAGAAUGAAACACAUUAUUAGAAAUGAAAUGCAACAUCUUUUGUGGCUAGUAAAUCAGUGUUUCAGCUGUUGUGUGAAAGUUCUUAACCUGUAAUUGGGUUUUGAAUACCUUUGUUACUUGAAAGAUAUUUAUGUAAUUACAGCAUUAUAUUUUGUUUUAUUAUAAGCAUUUGGUACAUUAGACAAUGGGAGUUUAGACAUAUAGUGCUCUUCUGUUAUUGUUUUUUAAAAAACUAAUGUGAAUAUAUUCAGUUGCUUAUAUAAUGGUGCAAAAAAAAACAAAGGAUAAUUGUUUAAAAUCAAUUUGAAAAUGAACAUUGAAGUUAAUUGUGAUCUUGUUCCCAUUGUGUAGUACUGUCUUUUUUGUUUUUUUUAAUUUACCUAAAGUAUCAGCCAAUUAGUUUUUAUUUGAAAUACAGUAUGUGUAUUUGUAAAUUAUUAUAAACGAGUUAGUAUAUUUUGCAUUAGUGAUGCUGGUGAUUAGUACGAGUCUUACCAUUCAUUGGAGGUACCAAGAAAACAUUACGUUCUCUCUUUAACAGUCUCCAGGAUAUGGAGUUUGUAUAUAUAUAUAGAGUUUGGUAUUUGUUUUUAGUUACAUGUAAAAAAAUUAAUGUAGUAAGUGUAAAUACUAGUAAUGAGUGCAUAAUUAGAGCUGUAGUUGUUUGUUAAAAUGGAGAAUCAUUAGAUAAAUAUUAAAAAUGCAUUCUUGUUUGGGGCAUUGAAUGAUAUAGCUCAUACCAAUGUCAGGCCCAAGUGCACUCUCAUAUGAGAUGAAUAGAUUAUAGUGUAGUAUACUACUAGCCUGACUGAAUGGAUAUUUUAUAUUGCUGAACCUUCAGUUCACUGGGAUAAAGAAUUUAUUACACAUUAUUGGUUACCCCAAUAGCCCAGUUUAAGAGUUCUCCAUUAUAGUGGUGAACAGAACUGCAUUCACCCAGGGAAGCCGUAACUUCGUAUAAAUUUUCUAUAGUUGAAAACACAAUCAUAGAUAACAUGGCUCUGUGAGGAUUUUAAAGACUACAUUGCAGCUCCCUCUUUUUUUUUUUUCCCUUAUCGUGUACAAAUGAUGUGGAUGUUACCUCGUGUAUUUUGUAUAAUCUGCAUUUGGAUAGGCAGUAUUAUCUUUGUAGGUAAACCAGUUGAACAAAAGAUAUUGUAUUAGCUUAGAAAAAUGUCUUUAAAAAGGAAAUUUGGCAUUGUUUAAAAAAAUAUUUUACAAAAUUUUUUGUUAUACUGAAGAGAUUUGUUACUGCCAGAUGCUAUGUUACAAGUACAGAGUGAAUGACAUAUUGGCAUUUUUCAUUAUAUAUUAAACAAUCACUUUGGUAUCCAAAAAUGUUUUAAUUUUUUUUUUUAUUAUGAUCUUGUUUUCCAGAUCUUGUUUACCUGUCCGUGGGACCAAAAUUAUUCGACACUUUAAAUCUUGUGCAUGAAGUGGCAAGUAGAGUAAUAAAAGUAUGGUAUUUAGAUUUAGUGUAUAGUCUUUAGUUUUGAAAGUUGCUGCUACUGUUUUGUUGCAUCUGUUUUGAAUAUUGUAUUCUGGAAUUUGAUAUUCAUUCACAUUAUUAUGGCUUAAAUGUUCUUUCCAAAACUAUUUGUAUACAACAGAAGCUUCAUAAAUAAUUUACUUUUAACUAUAAUCCUAACACAAGUAUGUAUAUUUGACACUUUAUUUUUGUAUUAUGACAAAAAUAUCAGUGCUAUAUUUCAUAUUUUGUUUUACCAAAGAGGUGUGACAAUGCAUAUCGUGCAUAGUUCCAAACACACAUUAUUUUUUUUAAUAUUGAAAGGCUCUAGCUUAUGUUUAUUUCACAAAUUGGCAUUUUAAAAUACCAGUACAUAAAAUUGUUUAUAAUACAUAAAAUGUUUUUGAUGCUAGUUGUACUGUAUCUCUAUUGUAAUCUUCAUGAUUCAUAUUUGAUGAAAAUAGCAUAUUUUUUUAUUGACUCCUUGUGGGUUUAGUGCUUAACAUGAAAACUGAAAAUUAUCUUCAGUUAGAGUAAGAAGGCAAAUGACUGCUAACAACUUGAGAGAAAUGAAAUUUAAUGCAUUCACUUUGGACCCCUUUACUGAAGGCAUUUCAAAUCUUGGGCCUAUCUUGAUCACUUUAAAUGGAUGAGAGUCCUGCAUAGUAGUAGAGGUGAUAAGAAGUAUAACUGGUAAAAGUCAGUAAAGGACGCUGGAAGUGGAGAAGGGCAUAUUGUAAGGCUGUCACUUGAUAGUCUCAUGGAAAUAUGGGCUAAUGUAUUGAAUUGUUAUAACUGCCAACUUUUUGAAUGAAGGUGUUGGGGAUGGCUGUGUGUGAAGCUUCAGUACAUCUUUGUUUUAAAUCCUGUUCCCAGUAAAUAAAUUUAGCUUUUUGCUAAUGUAUGGGAUUUCCCUCAAUGUAUGACACAAGCAUUGCCAUCCCUGCUGUAGGUGUUUUUGCACAUGAAUUCUUAUGGGUAUGUCUCCUCUUGUUUUCCAGUGUAAAUCCCUGUGGGCAGUGCAACAAGGUUUAUGUAGGGGGUAAGUGAGAAAUUUAUCCACAAAAUGCAUGCAGCAGGAUUAAUGCCAACAAUGCUUAUCACACACAAACUGAGGAACUUUUCAUGUGUUGUCAAGAUGCUAAAUUGGUCUACUGGGAACCAAAUUAAAAACAAUGAGGAUGCAUUGAAACUUCAAUAAUUAUGAUACUAGCAUAUAUAAAGCCGACACUUAUAACAUUUCAACGACAUUAGCCCAUAUGCCAUUAGAACGUACUUCAUGCAACAUGAUUGUAAAAAUUAAAACCCUAAUCCACUUCUGUUGUUCACCAAUGGCUACUAUUACCAGUUACUUUUAAUUCCACCACUACACUACUCUCUUGCCCUUAUAUACAACUUCUCUCUUCUUUGUAUUUGAAGUGAUCAAGGUUCAAGAACCAAAAUGUUUUAAAUAAAGGUGUCUUAAGUGAAUGCAUUUCUGACUAUGAAUCAUAUAAGGUUACAAGGAAUUGCCAAUGUUUUGUAUAUUUGUUAAUUAAGUUCUUGAUGCUGUUAAAAAAAAAAAUUAUUUUUCUUACUUGUUUAUUUGACCUGUGUGUGUUUAUAAUAAAAGUUAAAUGAAGCUGUUAUGAGCCAUGUACAUAAGUGCUAUAUUUUAGUAUUAAAUAAAGAAUGAAUACAUUCAAA